CACCACUCCAUGCUCCGUCUCCAUUCUCUCUCUCGCCACAUCUCAUCCCCGUCCCUCUCCCGCACCAUGUCGUGGCACGCCGCCCUCCCCAAGCCCCAGAGCACCCCCGCCGAGAUCACCGUGCAAGACCUCGCCGCCCUCCAAGGCACGCCUGGCGUGGACUACAUCGUCGUCGACGUGCGCCGCACCGACAUCAUCGGGGACGAAGACGCCGCGCGCGCAAUGAUCCCCGGCGCGCUCAACCUGCCCGCGCAGACGCUGUAUCCGACACUCGCGACGUCCGGCCAGCUCCUUAAGAACAUUCCCAAGGUCGUGUUUCACUGCAACUCGUGCAGCGCGGGCGGGCGCGGGCAGCGCUCCGCGGCGUGGUACCAGGACUGGCUGGAUGCGCAGGGCGUCACGUCGUCGCAGGCACUCGUGCUCAAGGGCGGGUGGAAGGCGUGGCUUGCUGCAUUCCCGGACAAGGUGGUCAAGGUGUAGCGAGGCGAUGAAGGCGCGCGGUGUUUGCGCGAUGCCAGGCUACUGAACGCGCGACACUGGUGCUGGGCGGCGCUUGAGGUCUCGAGCGACCGGG